GUUCUGAUCGUUUUUUUCUCAGACUUGUCCACUCUUCCAAUCCAAUCAUGACUCAGACCGCUGUUGCUGCUGCUUCGUCUGGUCGCAACGCCCUUGAGCUCGGCGACGUGACUCCACACAAUGUCCGCCAGCUGCGUGUGCUCAACGCGGCCAUCUUCCCUGUGGCGUACCAGGAGGCCUUCUACCAGAGCGCGCCCACCCUCGGCGAGUUUGCCAAGCUCGCGUACUUUAACGACAUUAUGGUCGGCGCAGUGUGCUGCCGAAUUGAGCCCGAGCAAAAGCGCUUGUACAUCAUGACGCUGGGUUGCCUUGCUCCUUACCGACGACUUGGACUUGGUGCUCUCAUGCUCCAACACGUGCUGAAGGAGUGCGACCAUCACCUCAACACUGUCGAGUCGGUAUAUUUGCACGUCCAGGUCGGCAACGAGGAUGCGCUCGCAUUCUACAAAAAGUUUGGCUUUGUGGUCACCGAGACUUUGGACCAGUAUUACAAGCGAAUUGAGCCAGCGGGCGCGCACGUGUUGGUGAAGCGUCUUUGCUAAGAAUGGUGUCAUUGUGAAUUGGAAACCACGCAUAAAGUCCUCUUUCGUUUCGAC